CGUCAAACCAGAUUGCGCUUGCAUUGUGGUGUGUAGCGGUGUUCUGUUCCUGUUAUCUGUGUUGUGAAUCCGUGUCUGUUUCCGAAAUCGUCUCCGUCGCAGGGGGCGAUGUCUUCCGCCGAGACGGAGAUGGAGCCUCUCACGUCGGGGGCGAGCAACCGCAUAAUUCCGCUCCUCAAGGCUCUCAGGGCUUCCCUCAUCUUCGUCUACACCUUCUUCCUCUCCUUCCUCUUCUUCAUCCUCCCCCGCCGCCGCCGCCUCUCCUCAACGGCGGGGCCACCAUCACCCAAGAAGCAUUUGAGGCGGCGCUGGCUCGUGCGCGAGGAGGAGGACACGUGCCGGCGGAGAGCCUUGGCGCAGGACUACCUUGGAAUGGGUCGCGACGAAGGGUGGUGCCGGUGGAGCACUUCCAUUUUCUAUGGGGUUAGAAACAACGCUUUGUUUUGCCGCUCUUGGUUCCCAGUUUCCGAAGAUGUCAAGGGCAUUCUGAUCAUCAUUCAUGGGCUCAAUGAACACAGCGGAAGAUAUGCGGACUUUGCGAGGCAAUUAACAUCAUGCAACUUUGCUGUCUAUGCAAUGGACUGGAUAGGUCAUGGAGGCAGUGAUGGAUUGCAUGGUUAUGUUCCUUCUCUUGAUCAUGUGGUUGCAGACACAGGGGCUUUCCUAGAAAAGAUCAGAUCGGAUAAUCCUGGAAUACCAUGCUUUCUCUUUGGUCACUCCACUGGGGGAGCUGUGGUCUUGAAAGCUGCUUCCCAUCCUCAUAUUGAAGUAAUGGUGGAAGGAAUUAUAUUAACCUCGCCAGCUUUAGGUGUGAAGCCAGCUCAUCCAAUUGUUGGUGCUGUUGCUCCAAUUUUUUCUCUGGUGGCUCCAAGGUUCCAGUUCAAAGGAGCAAACAAAAGGGGCAUUCCAGUUUCGAGGGAUCCAGCAGCGUUGUUGGCGAAGUACACAGAUCCUUUGGUGUACACAGGACCUAUAAGGGUACGAACUGGGCAUGAAAUAAUACGGAUAUCCUCGUACUUAAUGCGAAACUUCAACUCCGUGACUGUACCAUUCUUUGUUCUGCACGGCACUGCUGAUAAGGUAACUGAUCCACUGGCCUCACAAGAUCUGUAUGACAAAGCAGCUUCAAAAUUCAAAGACAUAAAGCUGUAUGAUGGUUUUUUACACGACCUUCUGUUUGAGCCUGAGCGUGAAGAGAUUGCUCAGGACAUUAUCAACUGGAUGGAAAAGAAACUAUUCACUAUCUGAAAAUGUAAGAAAAAAAUAUGUAAUUGUGUUUGGUAUAUAUGAAAACACAAGGGAUGCCAACUUUGAUAAGUGUAGAAAAUUGAAUUCGCCCAGGCAAAUGGGGUGGCUGAGGCAGAUAGCAUUAUUAAUCUUUCGUUUUAGGCUGUUUGAUAUAUAUCAAUAUAUGAAUUCUGCGAACA